GCGGCGGCCGCCGAUCUGGUUUCCCCGGGGCAGGCGGAGGGCAGACUAGUCCGGGAGCUUCCUUAAGCGGCGGCGCCACCUUAAAGAGCCUGAUGACUUUUCUCGUUACAUUGUAGCAGCGGAAAGAAUGUCGGCGCGGGCCGUGGCUGACGUCAGAGGGGAGCAACGCAGAGCGGCGGUGGCGGCGGCGGCCAGCAGGCAGCAGCAGCGGCGGCCCCGGCACGGCGGAGGAGGAGGCGGCGGCGGCGGCGGCGGCGAGAGCGGCCCCGCCAGCACGACCACCGCCAACGCGAUCACCGCCAGCACCGCGGCAAUGGCGACCGUCGGGGAGCGCAGGUCCUUGCCUAGCCCGGAGGCGAUGUUGGGGCAGCCCUGGAGCCACUGGGUCGAUGCUGCUAAACUUCACGGGAACGACGGGGCAGCCUUGGAAGAAAGUUCCAAGGAGUAUGGGAAAAACCGUGAAGCGAUGCGACUCUGUAGAGAAGAUAUGCCAAUAUUUGGUCUUUGCCCAGCUCAUGAUGAUUUCUAUUUGGUGAUGUGUAACCACUGUAAUCAGGUCGUAAAACCACAGGCAUUUCAAUCACAUUAUGAAAGACGACACAGCUCCUCCAGCAAGCCACCCUUGACUCCCACUUCCUCUCCAAUAUACUCCCUUUUCUCGUCUCUGUCUUCAAAAAGCAAAGGUAGCAAUGGAGGGGGGAGCAGUCGCGCAUCCAGUGGCGGAGGUACUGGUGCAUCUUCAUCAUCCAGUUCCAAGUUGUUGAAAUCACCCAAAGACAAGCUGCCAAUCAGUGGAAAUAAUAGGUCAAUGCAUCUGGUACAACAUAGCAAAGUUCCCCAUGACAAAAUCAUGACUGUCAAAGUGGAAAAAAUGCAUCCAAAGAUAGAUGGUGCACUACUGAAAACUGCUGUUGGUCCAACCUGUUCUACUACUGUGAGCUCCUCAAUAAAACCUGGCCUUAAUUGUCCCUCAAUACCAAAGCCACCCUUGCCUUCCCCUGGACAGAUACUGAAUGGUAAAGGUCUCCUCCCUGUGCCGCCGUAUUCGGAAAAGAAGCAUGACGACAGUACAAACAAUAGGAAAUUUUUACACAAACGAUUGUCAGAAAGAGAAUUUGAUCCUGAUAUCUACUGUGGUGUCGUUGACGUAGAAACCAAGAAACCCUGUACUAGGUCUUUGACGUGCAAGACACAUUCCUUAACUCAACGGAGAGCUGUACAGGGUCGAAGAAAACGAUUCGAUCUGUUACUAGCUGAGCACAAAAGCAAAACCAGGGAAAAAGAACUCCUUCGCCAUUUGGAUCAUCAUCAGCAGACGCCCCCUCUCAGGGAACCAUAUCCCUCACCUUCAAGGACUUCCCAGGAGCUGCACCAAAAUUCUCAUGGAGCUAAUCCUACAGAAUCAAAGCCUUUAGUACCUAAUAAACCCAAACCUCACACCCCCAGUCUUCCAAGGCCUCCAGGCUGUCCAGCACAGCACAGCGGAAAUGCCCCCAGUGAAUCUCCAUCAGUCCAUGAAUCUCCACACGCCCCCUUGCCCGCAACUGAGCCAGCCUCUCGGUUAUCCAGCGAUGAGGGAGAAUGUGAUGAAAAAGAAGAGCCUGUUGAAAAACUGGAUUGUCUUUAUUCCGAUCAUCAUCCUCAACCAGCUGCUUUUUGCACAUUUGGUAGUCGACAAAUUAGAAGAGGUUACUACGUGUUUGAUAAGCGGUGGAACCAUAUCCGAUGUGCACUUAAUGUAAUGGUGGAUAAGCAUCUUAACUCUCAGAUGUGGAGGAAAAUUCCUCCAGCGACAAGCAACACUGCAUCCGUACGUACUCCACACCGGACAAGCUCAACGCCUGUGUCACAGUACAGCGCCAGCACGACAGGUUUUCUCUUACCCCCCACAGCUGCAUCUUCACCCGGGCUCGUGUCUCCUUCCUGUCUGUCUCUCAGUGGUAAAUCGGUACCAUCCCACGGGACUACACUAAACGCCAACCCUGCUAGUUUUGGUGCAGCAGAACCUGCCUGCAGUAUGCAAUCGAGACAAGUGUCCUCGUCCCCUUCAACACCUCCAGUGCUUUCCUCAGUACCAUCACCUCUGUCCAGCAAACCUCAGAAACUGAAAUCCAGCAAGUCUUUUAAGCCUAAGGAACCUUCUGCUAGCGGCGCCAACUGUAACAGUACCGGUAGCAACAGCAGUGGCGGCAGCUCAGGAAAGAAGCGUAAAAACAGUUCCGUGCCGCCAGCACCUUCUUCUCAUUCCACAGAGUCCUUUAGGAAAAACUGUGUGGUGAACUCUGGAAACUCUGGGGCUUCUUAUCACUCGUCUGUGACGUCCUCAUCCCACAGUGUCGGCCUCAACUGUAUGACUAGCAAAGCUAACUCGGUUAGCCUCAAACAUGACCAAUCAGGGAGGGGCCCUCCGACCGGGAGCCCUGCAGAAUCGAUAAAAAGAAUGAGCGUGAUGGUGAACAGUGGCGAUUCCACUCUCUCACUGGGGCCAUUCAUUCACCAGUCCAGCGAACUGACUGUCAACUCGCACAGCGGGUUUUCGCAUUCGCACCCUUCCCUAGACAAAUUCAUAGGAAAGAAAAGAAAGUGCUCGCCUGGUUCAAGCAGCAUAAACAGCAGCAGCAAAGCAAACAAGGUUGCCAAAUUGCCGCCGGUGAACAACAUUCACACGAAACACACGGGUGCAAUCCCAGGGACGCAGGGACUGAUGAACAAUUCUAUCCUCCAUCAGCCAAAGGCACGUCCCUAACAGUUUGACAGUACCACAGUAAGGAAAGAACUGGAUUAUUGUCACUACAAGCGGGGGGGAAAAAUCUCCAUCUGGAAAUUCUGGACUCCACGAAUGCCUUUUGAGUUCUCCCAGCUUCCCACAGUCCUCAGGUGUGGAAAUCAACUGGACUGUCACUCAAUCAAGGAGUUUUCCCUGAAGCCAUGAAGCUUGGAAAUGGACACUGGAUUGCUGUUCAGCCACAGGAUUGUUUCCUAUCAGU